AUCUGGUAUGUUUGCACAGUGCCGUUUUGUAUUUUGUUAUUUUUCUUGGCAAGUGGAAUUCAGUAGGGGGGAGUGUAACAGGGUUAUAUUGGUGAUUCCGCUUGCCACUUUAUUGUUAAGCCAAUGGGUUUUUGGUUUGAGUUUGUCUUGCCUUCACCUACUCAACAUGGCAUCUUAUUGGCUGGUUUGCGUAGCUUGCUUACGAGGGGGGAUGUUCCAGUUAGAAUCGUCCCAGUGAACAAGCACCAAACCAGCGUGAACAAGCACCAAACCAGCGUGCGUGAGUGCAGAGUUGGAUGGUGAGACGUGCAUUGCAUGACGUGCAAUUUUGUGCAGUUCCUAACAGAAUAAAUCUACAUGACUGGUGCUACAUGUUGGAGUUCCGUGUCGAUGACUGAUUGUACACAACGCAAGAAGAGGAAUUCUGCAGAAGCAGCCUUUAUUUCCAGACUCUGCAGGCCUGCUGGGAGGAAACAUAUUACAAUAAACAGGUAAGAUUCAUCCCCCAAAAAACAUAAACAACAGAAAGAGAGUUGUAUUUCAAGACAGUUUAGAGAAGAUGGUCUUAAGAGUUCUUAAUAACACUCGCAAAUUGUGAUGCAUGAACAGUUGUGAAAUGUUGUGAGAGGCCCUUCAGAAUGCACAUGAUAUGGUAUUUCACACCUUACCUCAUCUUGCAGAAGAAGCUCAUGGUCCACUAUCUGCUGCUCCAGAGUCAAGGCCAGGUCCCGCACCAUGUCACCACGGAGCACAUGAGCGACUGGCUGGUGUCUCAGGGCAAAAAAUCCCUUAGGGAGAGGGUGUGGAAGGAAACCCUGGAGGAAGGGAAUGACCUCGCUCGGCUGACAUGGGAAGUCAACACUUGCCUAAAAAUGAUAGACAUAGAGCACGAGGCUGUCUGCAAGCUCCGCCGCUCCUUGCACCCCAUCUCGCCAGCUGACAUCGACCCUAAGGUCCACAGCAUCGUGGAAAGGGCUGUAAGGAGCAUUAUGGGCGAGCUGUCCAAUGAGCCCCGUAGCAACCUGCUCAGCCCAGCCCAGGUGGUUGUGGAGGUGGUGCCCAGGCUCCUCCUGGCCCUGUGGAUUCAGCCAAAGGAAGGCCAUUCAGGGCACCCAAUCCUAGUAAGCGGGAUGGCUGUGGGCAUGGUGGCGGCCGUAGUGGAGAAGCUCUCCAGCAUGUUAAAGGCCCCUUCCCCUCAAAUCCCUUUCUCCCGCGCUGCGGCUUUUGAAUCUGUGUGGUCAAUCCUCGGGAGAAUCAGUCAGUCCUUCUCCACGGAUGACCUCCAGAGCCCAUUUUAUGUGAGAUCUGUCUGUGCCUUUGUGGCUGACGAGGUCCAGAGCUGCUUCCAGCCCCCUGCAGCCACCUUACCAGUCCUCCCUGUCGUCGCCGCGGCCAUCUCCACCGCACCUCCAGACAUCCUAGCAGAGGCAGACCCGGCUUCUUCCCACAUGGAGGUUGUGAAUAUCAACGCUAACACAGAGGCAGACCAGGAUUCUUCCCACCUGGAGGUUGUGGACAUCACCGCUAACAUAGAGGCAGACCAGGUGUCUUCCCACCUAGAGGUUGUGGACAUCACCGCUAACAUAGAGGCAGACCAGGUGUAUUCCCACCUAGAGGUUGUGGACAUCACCGCUAACAUAGAGGCAGACCAGGUGUCUUCCCACCUAGAGGUUGUGGACAUCACCGCUAACAUAGAGGCAGACCAGGUGUAUUCCCACCUAGAGGUUGUGGACAUCACCGCUAGCAUAGAGGCAGACUCUGCUUCUUCCCACUUGGAGGUUGUGGACAUCACCGCAAACAUAGAGGCAGACUCUGCUUCUUCCCACUUGGAGGUUGUGGACAUCACCGCUAGCAUAGAGGCAGACUCUGCUUCUUCCCACUUGGAGGUUGUGGACAUCACCGCAAACAUAGAGGCAGACUCUGCUUCUUCCCACCUGGAGGUUGUGGACAUCACCGCUAGCAUAGAGGCAGACUCUGCUUCUUCCCACUUGGAGGUUGUGGACAUCACCGCAAACAUAGAGGCAGACUCUGCUUCUUCCCACUUGGAGGUUGUGGACAUCACCGCUAGCAUAGAGGCAGACUCUGCUUCUUCCCACUUGGAGGUUGUGGACAUCACCGCAAACAUAGAGGCAGACUCUGCUUCUUCCCACCUGGAGGUUGUGGACAUCACCGCUAGCAUAGAGGCAGACCAGGCAUCUUCCCACUUGGAGGUUGUGGACAUCACCGCUAGCAUAGAGGUAGACCCUGCUUCUUCCCACCUGGAAGCUGCGGACAUCGGCCCUAAAACAGAGGCAGACAGAGCUUGUUCCCACUUGGAGGUUGUGGAAAUCACCCCUAAGACAGAGGCAGACCUGGCUAAUUCACACCUGGAGGUUCAGGACAUCACCCCUCAGACACAGCAAGAUCCAGCUUCUUCCCACCUAAAUGUUGUGGACAUCACCCCUAAUAGGGAGGCAGAGCCAAUCUCUUCCCUCGUGGAGGUUGUGGAUGUCACACCUGAAGAAAGGACUCUCAAGAUGGCCAUCGUCGCCACUCUGCCAACUGACAUCCAAGCAGAGGAUGUUGCUGUGGUCAUCCCAGAUGUCACCCCACACGUCACCAAGGAUGUGACACUGGAUGUUCCAUGCAGAGCUGCAUGCAAAGGGAAAGUCCGGCGAUUUUUUUUCAGGCUUUGGAGGGCAGUGUGCUGCUGCGCCUGCCACAAGGAAGAGGAGGAACAAUAUUAGUUAUUCAUCAGACCUUCCGAAAUGGGAUUGAUCCGUAGACCAUUAAAUUAUUUGUAUUAUAAUAAUUGGAUUCAAUUCUGCUUUUCCUGUUUACUACUUAAUUUCAGAACAUUUCUAUAAACUUUCACUUUGCAAGUGUGGAGUAGGUUGUGUAAAUAAGUGGGAAACAUCGCAAUUUUAAUGCUUUUAAUAAUUUACUUACUACACGUAAACAAAACAAAAAAAGUAGUAUUUAACAACAAAAAACAGAGGGAGCUCAACCAACGUUGAGUUGAGGUGCAACCAAAACCUUUAAUCAUCAUAGAAAACUAAAAAGCGCAACUCUUGCGCACUAUAAUAAAUGCAUUGUUUUAUUCAAGCAAGGUUAAAAGAGGAACAUUUUGACCUAAUCUAUGACAAUAUGCAAGUUGAGUUUGCCCAGGAAAAGGGUGACCCAGACUCACCCUGGUUCUUGAGGGUUGCAGACAGUGAAAAGAUAUCAUUAAGUAAAUGGGACUUUUCAAAUCUUGAAUAAAAAUAUUUAAUGAACAUAAAUUUAAAUACAACUGACUUGAGGAUCAGAGCAGGCUGGCUGACUGGCUAGCCCUGAAAGCCUGCCUCUAAUACUGUGUGGUUCAUCUCAACCAAGAGGUUGUGUGGGUUGUCUUUCUCUGUGGGUGUGAAUCACUAUGACCUCUCCCUCAGCCUGCCCGUUGGCCUGAUCAGAAGGCUUGUCAUCUCUUUCCUUGCUCACAUGAGCAGGAGGAAUGGCAUCUGGGGUAACCUCCUCUAACACCUCUUCUUUCUGUCUGUGUUUGACUGAGGUCACUCGUUCUCUCUCCCUGGGUGUUGGAUAAUUCCUCCUCCUGUGUCUUUGUGAGCUUGGAGGAAGUUAUCCUGUUCUGGCUACAUCUUUAGGGGUGUGCACCUUAAAUCUCUUUCAGUUUGUUGUGGGGUUCAGUUGUUUUGGGAGAGUCUUCAGCAAUGAGUGUGGGGGCUGUCCCCCUCACUCCUAAACUGGAAUGACUGUGAUAAUGAAAAAGUAGGAGGAGCCACCGAGACAUGUGAUGAGGGCAAGGAAGAUCACUCUGCAAGGACAGAUCACAACACUGCUGCUCAUUCAUAUUCAAACACACCUCAGAGUACACACACAAACAAACACACAAUGAACUUACCUGUACAUA